AUGUCGACGGAAAUUGCGGAUAAGACUGAGCCGACUAUUCGCAGGGAAUCUUUUUCGUAUUUGGGAAGACGAGCCAAACUUGAUCCUACCCAAUUACGAGUUGUCACCCUCAAUGCUUGGUGCCUUCCUCAACCUCGUCCAAUUGGCAGCGCUGAUCGGGUACACCGACUUGAGCGAAUCGGCGAAGCAAUUAUGAGUGAGGAUUAUGAUAUCGUCGGUCUACAGGAGCUCUGGAGCUAUUAUGAUUUUGUGCGCCUUUCUGAACAAGUCAGCAAAGAGUACCCGUAUUUCCAUUAUUUUCAUUCUGGAUUCACUGGAAGCGGUGUUUGCGUAUUCUCGAGACAUCGAAUCAUAUCGACGCUUACUCAUAGAUAUUCGUUGAAUGGAUUCGCUCAUCACAUCCAUAGAGGUGAUUGGUUCGGUGGAAAAGUAGUUGGACUAGUUGAAGUCGAAGUUGGCGAGCUUCGCGUUAACUUCUACACGACUCAUUUGCACGCGGAGUAUGAUAGAGAGAACGAUCUGUAUCUGCCACAUAGAACCUCGCAAUCCCUUGAAUUGAGUCAAUUUGUUCGCCAUACUUCCCGUGGAGCCGACGCAGUUAUAGUGACUGGAGAUUUGAACAUGGAGCCGUGCGACUUGGGAUUUCGACUAAUAUUAUCGCAAGCGAAACUUUUCGAUGCUUGGAGAAUGUGCCAUGAGCCGGGAAAUCCUGAUUUUGAGGAACCUGAACAAUUAGUGAAAUGUCGAGGUGUCGGAAGAGGUGGAACGUGCGAUCGACCAGACAACUGCUAUACGAAAUCAGCGCAAAAGCGAGACGAUGAAAGCAAGAGAAUCGAUUAUAUUUUGUUUAAGAGUGGUCGGGCGAAUGUGAAAUUGGAAGAAUGCGAAAUUACUCUCAACCAGAUUCCUGGUGAAGAUAUCAACUAUUCGGAUCAUGUUGGUCUUUGUGCUCGUUUUACGAUCGACGACACUAUCCGCCAAGAAAGUGCGACAUUUGAACCCAACCGACCAUUGCUGAUCGAAGCGAUCGGCAUAGUAUCUGGUGGUGAACGACGUGCAAGACAUGAUAGGACCUUCUUUUUGGCUUUGGCUGCGUUCUGCUUGAUUCUCAUUCUCGCGUCUCUCUUCAUUGAAGGCCUUCCUACUUUGAUGUCCAUUCUAAGAUUCUGCUUAACUGUAGUAGCAGUAUUCUUUGUUUGGCAAGGAUUCAUCGGAUUGACCUUGGAACGAAAAGCGUUGAAGGCGGCGAAACAAUCGAUGCAGCAACUUCUUAAUAAUUAG